AUGAGUAGCAGCAGCAGCACCCCCUCCCACCCCCGCGAGCACCCCACAACCCUCCGCAAGCUCCUCUCCUCCCCCUCCCUCACCCGCCCCAGGGACUGGUGGCGCUCCCAAUGCCUCCUCUACGAGCUGUCCGCGCCCGCAAAGGGCACCAUCAAGACGUACCGCGACGCCCUCGAAGCGGCCAUGAAGCGCCCGGGCGGCCUUGACGGCGUGCUCCGCCCCAUCGUGAAGGAGCGCAAGCUCGGCGGCAGCUCGUGGGACCCGCUCAAGAGCGUGGUGGGCGCGAAGGUGGCGAAGGUGAAGGCCGCCCCAAGAGACGGGGCAGCCGAGAAGAAGGGGGCGGAGGGCGCCGAGGACGCCGAAGCCGAGGACGGUGGUGAAGACGACGAGGGUCACGAGGAGUAUGAAGGAGAGGAGGAGGAGGAGGUGGUGGGGAGUACGAUGGACUUUGAGAUGGAGUAUGAGACGGAGUAUCGCGAGCAGUUCCACAAGUUGAACAGCGAGGGGAGGGUGGAUGAUCACGUGAGACGCAGGAGGGAGUCACUGUUUUAUGGCGUGGAUGGAGAGUGA